AUGGGCUUGUCCCCAAUCAACAGAUCAGAAACAGAUUUUCAUCAUGAAAGUUUGGAUUAUCAGGACCCCUUCCUAAUCGUCUGGGGCGAAUCACAUGACCCCGCUCCCGUCGGAAAGAAACUGCCGAUCCUGACUACUGCGUAUGGCCAUGUAGAAAUCCCUCUGAUCUUCACCCUCUUCAUCCUCUUCAUGGGAAUUUUAAAGAUAAUUCUCCCCUACGCGAAUGUUUGCCGCCCAAAAGUGCCAGAUUGCUGUCUUCUCAUGUCGCUAGGCUUCGCAAUCGGCGGGCUUGUUUACUGCACCAGGGAUUUCGGCAGCCACAAUGAUAAAUACAUCAAUAUCGUUGAAAGCUUUUUCAAUCCAUCGACGUUCUUCUUGAUUCUCCUCCCGCCGAUUGUUCUCGAAGCUGGUUAUUACAUGCCCAAGGGACCGUUUAUGCACAACAUAGGAACCAUUCUAACAUAUGCUAUUAUCGGCACAAUUUUCAAUUCCUUCUGCACUGGCGGUUGCCUGUAUGGAGUUUACAAAGCAGGUUGGAUGCCAGGCCUGGACGAGGCGCACGAAAUGCCGAUUAAUCCCCUUCACAUGCUGCUCUUUGGAAGCAUCAUUUCAGCAGUAGAUCCGGUCGCUGUGAUCGCUGUUUUCGAAGAAAUCCAGGUGAACAUGCUUUUGUACAUUUGCGUGUUUGGCGAGUCGCUGCUGAACGAUGGCGUGGCCGUGGUGCUGUUUAAAGUGUUCGAAGCGUUUUUGGGAAUGGACGAGGCGGAUAUAGACGCAAAGAAUAUUCUACGAGCGGUUUUGAAGUUUUUCGUCGUCGCCGGCGGAGGCACCCUCUUUGGAAUCGUCUGUGGUUACAUCGGCGCCUUCUCAACCAAGUACACUCAAAACAAGACCAUCGUCGAGCCGUUAUUCAUAUUUGGCGUCAGUUAUGCUUGCUACUUGGCCGCGGAAGCAUGUGGAUUGUCAGCUAUCCUGGCAGUUGUCUUCUGCGGAUUCACAAUGGUCUCCUACGUCGAGCACAAUAUCUCCGCCAAAUCCCACACCGUUGUCAAACAAUCUAUGAAACUCAUCGCGCAUAUAUCGGAAAUGAUCAUUUUUCUUCUUCUCGGAACAUCUGCGAUCACGGAUUUCUGGGUGCACUGGAAUACUGCUUUUGUCAUGUGGACAUUGCUGUUUAUUUCCGUUUUUCGGCUGAUUUCGGUUUAUGGAUUGACCGCGAUUUUGAAUAAAAAUCGAGUCGAAAAAAUCAGCUUCGUUGAUCAAUUUAUCAUGGCGUACGGCGGACUUCGCGGUGGAAUCGCUUUCGGCUUGAUGAAAUUAACCUCCCUCCAAUUGGUACCGCAUUCGAAUGCCAUGCUCUGUGUCACUUUGGUCGUGGUUUUCUUCACUUCAUUUAUUCAAGGAGCGACGGCUGGCCCGUUUGUUCAACUCCUGCAGGUCAGGAAGAAAGACGACCACGAAAAAGGAAUGAACGAAGAAGUCUACUACCGGGCGAUGGGACAUCUGAACUCUGGAAUCAAUGACGUAGUCGGCAGAUAUGGCAUGAGUUCGAUCCUUCGUCGCUUUGAGAGAUUCAAUGCAAAAUACAUCAACCCAGUCUUUACGCACGACCCGCACUUGAAGAAAGAUCAAGAGAUUCUUGAAAUUAACAAGAGGAUGAACAUAAAGGAAGCGACAAAGAUCGUCGGAGGCAGCAAUCGAAAAUCAGUGAUGCCAACGGCUGCGAAAAUGAACAUCGCUCAAAUGUUGCUCCCCAACGUUGCAAUGAUACUUCCAGGACUCGGGGACGAUCUCGCCAAAUCAAGAGCAGAUUCGGGCAAGAAACAAGAAGAGGCUGAAGAAAAUAUUAUUCUUCACGCUCAGCUUAAGACGGGACUGUUGCCGACGAGAGAAAAUCUGGAAGCAAAGGCGAUUAUUGGCGAAGCAAAUGAUACCGCGAAUCAGAAUCUUAUGAAGAAGCACAAAAAAGCCGUGGCAGCGACGAGGAGAAGAUCGGAAACGCACAGACACAGGCAUCAGCAAUACAGGGGCAACUCAGUCGUCACAUCAGGUGACUUGCAUUACCUCCACUUCGAUGAAGCCGUCUCUCAACGGGCGUUUUUCUCGAUGCCUCGCGAACGACACAUUUCUGAGGGUCGUCACGUGUCCGUGAUGGAAACGAUUCCUGACAAAUCCGGCUCAGAUGACUGCAUAUCAGUAACGUCAGAAAAGUCAUGGAAGGAACAUCCCUGGAGAUAUACGCAAAGGCAUGAAGCGCAAGUGGACCCGAGGGGGCACGAAUGA